AGACAGCUGAAGUAAACACUACAGCAGCUCCUAUGAGCCUGUUGUUCCCUCCUCUUCUCUUCUCUAACUACAGUGAGCACAGACACAAUGGCAGCUUUACGUGCAGCUAAACAAGCUCUGAGAAAAGAGAUAAAGCGACGUGUUGCUGCUGUGACUGACCAAGAGAAACACCGACAGUCUCUAGCGGUUUCACAGAAGCUGUUCAAACACCCCAAGUACGUGUCCUGUAAGAGGAUUGCAGUGUUCCUCAGCAUGCAUGAUGAAGUGCGCACUGAGGAAAUCAUCAAAGAUGCGUUUAAAGGAGGUAAAAGCUGCUUCAUCCCCAGAUAUGAAAGCAAGAGCAGCCAUAUGGACAUGUUGAAGCUCAACAGUCUGCACGACAUGGAGACGCUGCCUCUGACAUCCUGGAACAUCCAACAGCCUGCUGACAAUGAUAACAGCAGAGAGGAAGCACUGGCUGGAGGAGGUCUGGACCUGAUCCUGAUGCCAGGCCUAGGUUUUGACAGGUCAGGGAAUCGUCUGGGACGGGGGAAGGGCUUCUAUGACACCUACCUGGAGCGCUGCAUUAAACACCCCAAAGGAAAGCCUUACACCAUCGCCCUGGCCUACAAAGAGCAGCUAUGUCAGGAAAUCCCCGUCGAUGACAACGAUGUGCUCAUAGAUGAAGUCCUGUAUGAGGACAAUGAGUAGCUGGUGGUCAAUGAACUCCUAACUGACUAUAUUUACAUGCCAAAGCCAGUUUAAGCUGGUUCAGUUAGAUUUUUAGAAAUCUUCUCCUCCUUCUAACCUCAAUGAAUCAUCCAGAAUCUAUGAAUUAAAUGCUCACUUCAGGAGGGUUACUGGACAUCACAUGUCUCCUCACACACAGUGGUGGCUUCAAGUUUCCACAUCACACUUGUUUAAGUUGCAGACUGGACCAUGAUUGGUUCCAAACUAGCUGUGAUGUCACAAACCAUGCUCCUAAGUAUACACCUUGAACUCAGACUUAAGGUGAAAACAGCCCUCUAGUGCCAAGCAUUCACCUGAGGGAACAGUAAGAACAACAUACAAACAUGUUUGAACAAGACACGCCUUACUUUUUUAUGCUCAGACUAUUCAAAAUAAAUACAACUCUAUGAAACUUUAUUUUUGCAACUUAAUAUGAUGAGGAUGAAAUGAUGCUAAUGAAUUCUCAUCAACUGAGUUUGCAGUAAUUACUUCAAAGUAUUGUAAUUGCAGUAGAUGCAGAAGUCAGACUGAAUUACAUAUAUUGUAAAAUGGAUCCGUUAGCGGGAUUUAUUUUUUUAAUCAGCUGAAUCAGUCAGACUCAACCACCUUAAAUGUUCUCCUGCACAGGUUUAGUAAAGUCAUCAUUCUCGGGUGAGCAGGACCUAACAAAGCUCACUGCCUUAGCUUGUGUCUCUGAAAAGGUGUUUGACUUUAAUCUUUAUACAUUGUGAUUCAUCAGCAUAAAACAUGCUGAUUUGAAAUGUGAAUUUCUAACAUGAUACAGUCACUCACGUCUCUGAAAUAAUCUGUUGCAUGGCAUAAUAUAUUUUAUCAUUCCGAAAGAAGAAAUAAAAACUGGUGGAAAAAGUCAUAA